GCGUCGUGGUGACGUCACAGCCAGAGCACGUCGCUUCCUUUCCUUGUCCUUGUGUGGACGGUUUAUCGUUUUGGUGUAAAAGUUUAUCAGCUCUUGUGUGAACGGUUGACACGUUUUGGUGUAAAAGUUGACCAGCCUUCGUUGUUUUUUUGAGACGUGUCGGACUUCCCCGUUGGACGUCAGUAUGUCCCUCGCCGCGGAAGCUUUUGUGUCGCAGAUCGCAGCCGCAGAGCCGUGGCCUCAAAAUGCGACUCUCUAUCAGCCUUUGCGAGAGGAUCAAAUCCUGCUGUCUGACUGUGCGUCCUCCUUGGCAGUUCAGGCAUACCUAAGGAUGUGUGGCCUUCCAGUGCGAGUGUGUUGCCGUGCCAACGCUGAGUACAUGUCACCCUCCGGAAAGGUUCCUUUUAUCCAUGUUGGUAACCAGGUUGUUUCAGAGCUAGGGCCCAUUGUGCAGUUCACGAAAGCAAAGGGACACUCUUUGAGUGACGGCCUGGACGAUGUCCAGAGGGCAGAAAUGAAAGCCUACAUGGAGCUGGUCAACAACAUGUUGCUCACAGCUGAGUUGUAUAUUCAGUGGUGUGACGAUACCACAGCUUCAGAGAUCACUAGGCAACGCUACAGUAGUCCAUAUUCUUGGCCCCUCAAUCACAUCCUGGCCUAUCAGAAGCAGUGGGAGGUACGACGUAAAAUGAAUGCUAUUGGCUGGGCAGGAAAAGGUCUUGAACAGGUGUAUGAGGAUGUCAGUCAGUGUUGUCAGGCUCUUUCGCAGCGACUCGGAACCCAACCUUUCUUCUUCAAUAAGCAGCCGACCGAGCUGGACGCGCUAGUGUUCGGCCACCUUUUCACGAUCCUGACCACUCGCCUGACCACUGACGAGCUCAGCGAGAGGAUAAAGUCCUGCAGCAACCUUCUCUCCUUCUGUCGGCGAAUUGAACAGACAUAUUUUGAAGAGGACAAAGACAGCCAAUCAGCAGGCUCUCAGUACUCAAGAGGCCCCUCCCUUUUCUGAAGUCACACCUCCAAAUUCUCUCUCUCCACUGCUCUGAAUUGAUGUCAUUGUGAAUCGAUCAUUAUUAUUACAAUAAUAAUAGAAUUAUUAGUUUAUAUAAUAGAAUAACUGUUAUAUUUAUUAGUGUGUCUACUGAGAUCAGUGGAAGAAAAUACGUGGACAUUAGUCAUAAACUUCCUCAACAUUUCAACCCCCCUGUCAGUUGCAAUGUCAUGUAUAGAAACCUGCUGGAACAGUACAACUAUAGGAACAGACUGAACUAUACAUAUUAGGUGUAAUAUUUCUGGAUUUUUUCCAUUGUGGCCUAUUGAUUUGUGGAUUAAUGUGUAAACUGAAAUAUUAAAAUCAGAAUUGCACUGCUUCUCAA